AUGAGAGAUGCUCUCGCCUCUCUCCUCGAAAGCUUGCGAUGGCUGGGUGGAUUGGUUCUGACGUUCUUUUCUUCCCUCUUCCUCUUCAGCUGGAAGAAUCAAAGGGGCGGCUGCAUCUGGCUGACUCAAGUACUGCUCGUGGAUUCUGUUCGUGGGCAUGGAAAGACUCGCCAGGUGCGCCGCCGAUGUGGUCGACAACCAAUGGUACCUAUCAGCCUCUAUGGGGUGGGGCGCUGCCCUGCUCGUUUGAAGCGCAAACGCAGCCGACCUUGGCACGAGGAUCGCGGUCCCUCUCACGUUCACGUUGGGUUUCAUGUAAAUCCCAACCCUGCGAAGAAAAGCAGGCAUGUUUGGCUUAGGGAGUGGAGAUUUCGGCUUCCUUCCUCGGUAGACCUGGUAGGCGAGAUCUCGCUAUUAUCCACGGCUGAAUGGUGUUCAAAUAUUCCCGCAUCGAAGGACCUGGUAGGCGUGAACUCGCUGUUAGCUAUGGUCAGGGAACCUCUUAUUGAUAUAAACAACAAUGGGAAACGCAGGGACGUUCAGGUUGGGGAAGGUGGUCGUGAUUUUGCUGCAGAGGCGGCGGAAAUUCGUACGCUUCGUAUUACUCAACCAUUCUCUUCUCCGACGAGGCCAGCCGGCGAGUUGGCUGGGACUCCGAUCGGUAAGGGAAAGAGGGGCGUAUCUCCCCAACCCAGAAUUAUUGGGAUUUGCCGUGAUUGGGCGAACCAGCUCGGUUUGGAUUUCCCUCGUAUCUCGGAGAUAUUGGAUUGGGGCCGAUAUAUCAGCUCCCAACGAGAUUAUCCAAGCCGUGCUGCAUCGUUUCUUUACAUUCCUAAUCCUAGUCAAACUCCAACUCCUAACUGUACCGUGACUCUACGUAGCGGCUUACAGUGGGACUUGGGGGAUCUAUUUAUAAUCCUUUCACAAACGCCGAUUUCCUCAAGCUAUCGGCUUUGUGGACGACCUGCUACCAUUGAAGCUCCUGUUCUCUGGCCCUCGUUGAGAACCUGCUCAGGUAAUUGGUUGCCCCCUAAUGAAAGUUCUUUUAUUCCUUCUUGCCUCGCUUUGUCGAGAAUUUAUUCAUCUUGGCGAUACCCCGAUCCCGAUGUGUUGGUGAGUGCGACGUCAGGGGGUGUAUCUUUGGCAGCUAACCCGAUUCGCCUCUCUUGUUGUCAGGAGUUGCAAAUAAUGGCCCACGUUUCGGAUGAUCAAGUGGUUCAAUUCUCCCUCGAGGAGGUGCAAUCUACCCGUUUUCGUGCUUCUCGUACCCUUCUGGGGCGGCUUUUCACCAACGAUCACGUCACUACUAUGGAGCUCCGCGGAGGAUUGCUGGAUGCCUGGAAGAUACGCGGCCAACUCAAGGUGAUGAAGACGAAACAGGGGCUCUUUGAGAUCAUAAUGCCGAAUGAGGAAGCCAAGCAAUGGGCUCUUUCCAUAAAUCCGUGGAUCAUCAAGGAUCAAUUGCUGACUCUCCGCCAAUGGUCCCCUGUUAUCUCGAAAGGAGUAUUCGAGGAGAUGGCGAGAGCUCCCUUUCGUGUCCAGCUGUGGGGUGUUCAGGAGGACCUUUGUACCAAGCUGUUUGGGCAGAAGUUAAUUGCCGCAACCAUGGGCAAAGUUCUGGAUUCAGGGAUCUUUGCUUGCAAAGAUUCUGGUGAGCGGUUUAUCAAAGUUAACACAAUUAUUGAUUUCUCAAAGCCCCUUCGAUCGCAAUUAAUGGUGGUCUGUGAGGAGGUGGAUAGCUUUUGGGUGAGCCUCAAGUACGAAUUCUUGCCGAAUUUUUGCUUCCGCUGUGGUCGAGUUGGCCAUGCUCGCCGCGAUUGUAGCUAUGAUCCACCUAAUGGAAAAGAGCGGUUCGGACCGCAUAUGAUCACCAAGCAAGUGGGACGAAAGAUCUAUGAUGAGGAAGGAGCCGAUCCCCUUCCAGGGGGUCCCAGAAGGUCGGUGUGGGUCAACCGCCAGCACCAUAAUAAUAUAAAGGCGGAUCGAGGGGAGGUGGGCCCUGGGAUGAAGAAUGUGCCGCAGGCCGAGCCCUCGAGUGCUGCUGCAGGGGAGGCUCCAUUGGCGGCGAAGUUGACUGUGAACAAAGGGAAGAGUAAGGAACGAUCGCCGACCCGGCGUGGCAGUCCGGGGAGGGUGAUCCUUCACCGUCACCCCAAAGUCCGCAUUGGGAAGACUCGGCCGAAGUUGACACGUGCUAAGGAAGAUGGCCCGCAACUUGAUCCCUCCACCCACCCGAGGCACGCCAGCCCGCAGACCAACCCUCCAGCUUGUAUGGAAGCGGAAGCCGGCUCAGAGGAGGAUCAGUUCGUCAGGAUCCAGGCUGAAACGCGGCGCCGUCGGCUCCUUUUGGAUGCUGAUUCUGAUGAUGAUAUGCUCGAUGUACCGGGGGUGCAGGCUGGGGACGAGAUGUUGCGAGCGGAAAACCCUAGUCCGCCGAUGGAAGCUGAUAAUGCCCAGGGGAAGGGGAAACCUCGUCACACUAAUAACCCUCGGGGCAAAGUGGAUGGGAGCGAGGUCCCUCACAGGAAGGUCAAGGCGGCUUCAGGAUUAAAGAAGGAGAAGCCCUCGGUGGAAAUGGAUGAUGUUGGUCUUCCAGUGGGAGUUGGGGAUGUACCGCGCAAGAACAGGAAACCCCGCCGAUCGAAAUCCCAGCCCCUAGCAAACGAGGGGGCGGGUGUUGUGCCACGCUCCAUAUCGGUGGCUGUGGGUAUUGAGGAUAAGGGGGCUGUGCCACGUCCCCAGGCGGCGACUGUGAUAGGAGAAGUGAAGCCCAGAGUGGGGGUUGCUCGUGGCGGUCGGAAACUGAGGAAGGCUCACGGUGAUGUCGCGGGCUCUAGCCUUGGCACUGGAGAUUCCUCGCAGGCAGUGAAGGAAGGGAUGGGAAGGGAUAGUGAUGUGCUGGGGGAUGUGGGGCACCCUUGCCACCUUGGCACUCGAGAUUCCUCGCAGGCAGUGAAGGAAGGGAUGGGAAGGGAUAGUGAUGUGCUGGGGGAGGUGGGGCACCCUUGCCACCUUCCCGCCGGUGGCAUUAGGAGUUCUCCCCUCUUGGCGGACGUUUUCUUGCUGUCAACUUCGCCACAAGAUGAAUAG